CUCAAGCCCUUGGCUCUUCUCCUUGAACAGCUUGCCAGGAGAACUCAUAAAACCAUGGCUUCGAACACUUUCCAGUCCUCCUUGUCCAUCCUCAUUGCACUUUUGCUCCUUAGCAACUGCCAAGCAGCUCGCCAUCUAUUGGAUACUCCAGAGGUGGAGUCUCCACCACAUCCAACGAUCCCAACCAUCCCUAAGCCAGAACUCCCCUCACUGCCCGACAUUCCAACUCUACCCAGGCCCGCGUUGCCACCGAAGCCAGAGGAGCCGGCGCUGCCAAAGGUUGAACUGCCACCAUUACCGGAAAUCCCAAAGGUCGAACUGCCUCCCAAGCCUUCCAUCCCAAGCAUCCCAAAGGUUGAACUGCCUCCUAAGCCUUCCAUCCCGGACUUCCCAAAGGUAGAAUUCCCUCCAAUGCCUUCCAUUCCAAAGGUCGAAUUGCCCCCUAAGCCCACCAUCCCUGAAUUCCCUUCCAUUCCCAGCACUGUGCACUCUCCAACACAUGAAACUACCAGCCCAUAAUGGACACUUUGCAUGGCGUCCUGAUACUAUUAUGUGACUAGGGUCAUGGAAAUAAAUGUGGACUACUAGCUCAGCUGGUUUUCGUUGGAGUCGGUGCUUUGGACCUGGGAGUCAUCCAUAUUCUUGUAGUCUUAUUUUUAUUUUAUUUCCUUGUGUGGGAUCAUAUGCUUAUUAUUGUUACUUUAGGUUUGUUUGUGAGUAUUUGGAUGGUUUGUACUCUUUGCGAAUAAAAUUUCUUUUCCA